AUGGACGAUUUCUUCGUCAGCGGUGGCAAUGGUACAGGUGGCACCAGUACUACUACUGGAACGAUCAGCAAUGGCACAUUGGGAGGAUUACUUACUGGUGGCAAUGGAAAUGGUGGUGGUGGCAGUAAUGGUGGCAGCACGAAUGAUGGUAACGCUAGUGCGGUAGGAUCUAACUUUACUCGCAUCCGUUCGACAACGCGCUCUACGAUGGCCAAGGCGACGGCGGUACGUGUUUCCACAGGGAAAAAGUUUAGCCAGCUGCUUAUCAUCACACCGGCGGUUGCAAUCGACAGCAACGAGCAUGACGACUACCAUGGACCGUUUAAUUCGUCCUCGCUCGAUAGCGGUUGUGGUGGUAGCAGCGAAGGUAGUCUAUCGGAUGAUUUGCUCGAUGAGGAUGAACAGCGCAGACAGCGCCGUAGGCAUGCUGGACCGGGUGAUCGUAGAAAUAAUAAUGGCACAACACAGCAACUGCCCCCACUGCUUGGCGGCAGUAGAGAUCGUCGCGAUGGUGGUGGUUCUUCAUCGCAACAGGGAACUUGGCGAUGGUGUGGUUUAAUUUGCUCGGCAGUUAAAUGUUUCCGGGCGGCCGCAGCAACUACUGGAAGCCGUCGCUCACAGCAGGGUCCAUCGUCAAGGCAACCGCUUGCAGGCACUGCUGUACGCUAUACGACUUCGGAAGGAGCGUGGGGUGAGGAUAGGACUGGGCGUCGACAGGCUUCAUCUCGUUUCAGCAACAACCACGUGUACGAGUACACUAUCAAGAGCUACCACCAUCCGCAGCGUGAACGUCGUUCGAAUGGUGGAACAGUAUCGGUAACACUGCCAUCGACAGUAGGUAGUCGUUCCGCUUCAAUAUCGUCCGACUCGUCCGCACUGUCGGUGCUUGCAGAAGCAGUUACACUGGCCGAUCACGAUCAUAUCAACAACAAUAGCGCGGUAAACAAUAACGGUAACAUCCUUACAAAUUCAUCUGCAGGCGGUACAGCAGCUGGUACGACUUCACUCGUGGUCGCUACCACCUCGUCGGGAGAUUCUUCGCCAACGAUCGAAACAUCAGCGAUCGGAGGACGGGUGAACGAACGGCACAAUAUUAUGUAUAAAUUGUGA